GUGCGCGUAAUUUAGCUUCAUUUCACCACGGAGAAGCCAGUGGAAGGUUUCGGUUACAGCUCGAGUGGAUACUUUUAUUUGCAACCACGUAAAAACUGACAGAAAGGAACAUUUAUAUACACAAUACAUUUGUUUUAUUGCCUGAAAGGACAUACAGUUAGCUACAUAUUACGGACUGGAAUCUAGGACUAAUUCUGUGAUCUACAAAGAAACUAGCUAGCGUGCUAACAAAGAAAAUCCUUUCUCUUGAUAUAUAAUCUCUAUAAUCUUUAGUUAUGAGUCAUGUGGUCGUCGAUCAUCCACAUGGUCUAGAUCAGCAGGUGAGUGUUUACCUCGUUUAUUUAAUACAAGUGUAACUUUGCAAAUAUGGAGUUAGGACAACUAAAAUAACGUUCCGUCAGCUAGCGACGCUUAUGCUAAGCUAGCAAACUAAAGUGGUUCGUAGCCAAGCUAAUGUUAGUUAACUGCGUGGAUGUGGCUGGUAAAAUGGUGGUUGGUGUGUCGCCGGUAAAAUUAGCUGUAUGGUGAUAUUCAGCUUUGAUAAGACUUGGUAGUUAGUAAAUGUAUUUGUCUCAACGAUAGUGAACACUUGCUAUCAAUAACUACAUAGUAAGUUAGCUAGCUGACAGUCAUAAAAAUACAUAUUUUAAUGUUUAAUAUAUGUAACUAGCCAGGCAAUUUGGCUACACGUAACAGGCCGGUGUCGUUGCGUAGUUGAUCUCACGGCAAUCUUAUUCAGGCUUGGUUAGGCCUUAGCUAACGUUGGCUAUCUAGCUACAGAACCAAGACUUGUUAGCCUACAAAAUAGUUAACUACCUAGCUUGCAAUUCAUAUUCAGCUCACUUUAGCUUGCUAGUUUACGUUAGCUAGCUAGCUGGUUAGAUUGAUACAAUUCUUCCGGCCGAUAAAAGUAACUGUCGAGUCUUGAAACGUGGCGCAGGAAAUAACAAUCGCUCUAGUACUGUAGGUGAAGAGUACAGUGACCUACUCCAGACUGCGUUUACAAAGCCAAUCUAUCAUUGGCUAGCUGGUGAGUUAAUGUCGGGUUUUAGUUAUGUAAAACAUAACUAGUUAACUUUCUUUUAAUAACUUAUAAUAUGCGGUUGUUGGUCUAGAUAACGUUACUACGCCGGUAUAAUCGUGUUUGGAUAUAGACAGCAGAAUAAGUCUUGGAUAAGUGGCACGUGAUUCACUAGGGCCCUACGAUUCGAACACACCAACUGCGUCACCGACUUUUGUUGCACACAUAUCUAGAUGAUGCUGCAUACUAUUUUGCGCAAUUACGCAGUCGGUUCAAAGCGUUACGCCUCGAUCGCGUCAUAGCGCAAAAUAGUAUGCAGCAUCAUCUAGAUAUGUGUGCAACAAAGUAAACGCAGACAUGCACAGAACCGGUCAGGGGGUACCCCUCGAUCACACCGACAUUGCGUUUUGGUACACCAGAAUUAUUACGUUGCAGAGGCAGUUGCAAUGCGUUCUGUGUGGUGCGUAAGUUGGAUUUAUAGAACAUAUGCAUCUAACUGUAUGCGUUAACGGCUAGACAUAAAUGGUAGCAGAAGGUGAAUGUUUUGCAGAUGAUGCUGCAUACCAUUUUGCGAAAAUACACUUUAAGUCUUGAUCACACAAAUAGGGUCAUUGUGCAACUGCCUCUGCUACACAAUGCUGCAAGUCAAAUGCAGCAUUCCAUUAGAAAUGAAUGUACUUCUGGUGUACCAAAAUGCAAUGACAGUCGGUGUGUUCAAAGCGAUAGUGUCAUGUGUGCAUGUGUUGAUUUUGUCUAUCCCCACCAGACACAUUCAUGACAAGCAGGUUAAAAUACCAAAACCAACUGUGAACCAACUAUAUUAAUUUGGGACAGGUCAAAAUGCACAUGAAACAUUUAUGGAAAUUUAGCUAUUUUGUCCUGGAAAAUAAACAUUGGGUUGUUAUUUUACUUGGAAUGCACAUGGUCCUUUUUUAGCUGGAUCUUUGUAGAAUUUUGACCCAUGUUGGGUCAUACAAAAUCAUGUGUUCUCUACUCUGACAAUUAAUCCACAGAUAAAAAGGGGAAACCUAGUUCGUUUUUCUCCUUGUUCAUUCUUCUGUGGACUUUAUAUGGCGGUUGGAACUAACUUUAAGGUGCAUUACUGCCACCAACUGGACUGUACCUAGUUCAUCUUUCAAUCACUCAUGUUAUGCUCCUAAAAAGCAAUGAGGAAAUGGGAGAGGCGGGACUUGCAGUGCCUCAAGCAUCUAAAAUAGAACCAAUUUCUAUUUUAGCACUUGGCUACGCAGAUGCUCACGAGCAGUUUGGAUGACAUUAUUGACUAAUGUGUAUGUGUACAUUUAUUUUGCAGCGCACGCAAAGUGGGCAGUCUGGUCGGCAUGUAACAGGCUGACCAAACCUGUUGUGUGCGUCUGUGUAGGUAGGUGCUAAAAUAUAACUUGCUAAUGCAUGUAGUUGGUUGCCAACCACCAAUAAAAUCCACAGAAGAAGAAAGAUGAACGAGGAGUAGGGCUGACCCCAAUUAGUCUAUUUUUUUGGUCGUUAGGCUGUUGGUCGACAGGUUGUUUUAGUCGAGCAGUAACAAAUGUAUACAGUAUCAGUCAAAAGUUUGGACACCUACUCAUUCAAGGGUUUUUCUUUUCUUUUUUUACUAUUUUCUACAUUGUAGAAUAAUAGUGAAGACAUCAAAACUAUGAUAUAACACGUAUGGAGUCAUGUAGUAACCAACAAAGUGUUAAACAAAUCUAAAUAUAUUUGAUAUUCUUCAAAGUAGCCACCCUUUGCAUUGAUGACAGCUUUGCACACUCUUGGCAUUCUCUCAAUUUAUGCUUGAUCUGAAAAUGUUUAUCUCCCAGGACAAAUUAGCUAGCAACAGCAAGCUAGCUAAAUGUCCAUGCGUGUUUCAUGUUCUUUUUUUUUUUUUUACCUGUCCCCAAACUAAUAUAGUUGGUUUUGGUAUUUUAACCUGCGUGUCAUGAAGGUGUCUGGUGGGGACCGACAUCAAUCUACACACAAUACCCCAUAGUGACAAAGCGAAAACAGGUUUUUAGAAAUUUUCGCAAAUUCAUAAAAAAAAUACACAACAUACCUUAUUUACAUAGGUAUUCAGACUCUUUGCUAUGAGACACGAAAUUGAGCUCAGGUGCAUCCUGUUUCCAUUGAUCCUCCUUGAGAUGUUUCUAUAACUUGAUUGGAGGCCACCUGUGGUAAAUUCAAUUGAUUGGACAUGUUUUGGAAAGGCACAUACAUGUCUAUAUAAGGGCCCACAGUUGACAGUGCAUGUCAGAGCAUAAACCAAGCCAUGAGGUUGAAGGAAUUGUCCGUAGAGCUCCGAGACAGGAUUGUGUUGAGGCACAGAUCUGGGAAAGGGUAUAAAAAAAGUCUGCCGCAUUGAAGGUCCCCAAGAACACAGUGGCCUCUAUCAUUCUUAAAUGGAAGAAGUUUGGAACCACCAAGACUCUUCCUUGAGCUGGCCGCCCAGCCAAACCGAGCAAUCAGGGGAGAAGGGCCUUGGUCAGGGAGGUGACCAAGAACCCAAUGGGCACUCUGACAGAGCUCCAGAGGUCCUCUGUGGAGAUGGGAUAACCUUCCAGAAGGAAAACCAUCUCUGCAGCACUCCACCAAUCAGGCCUUUAUGGUAGAGUGGCCAGACGGAAGCCACUCCUCAGUAAAAGCCACAUGACAGCCUGCUUGGAGUUUGCCAAAAGGCACCUAAAGGAAUCAGACCAUGAGAAACAAGAUGCUCUGGUCUGAUGAAACCAAGAUUGAAGUAUUUGUCCUGAAUGCCAAGCGUCAGACUUUUUUUUGGGGCACUUCGCUCCAUCAGAUUUGGAAGUAUUAAUUCACCCCUUGAUUGUAAUUGACCAUGCUUGUGGUAAAAUCACACGAUGCACUCAACAGUAUUUUUAUGUGUUUUCAGCUUGCUGGUCUAGACUUGAACUCUGACGGACAGAGAGGAGGCACCGGCAGUAAGUAUUCACAUAAACAUAAUUUUAUCUCAAAUGUUAUAAAGCACAGAUGUUCAUAGCAGAAUGAUCUCUUAGAUACUGUAAUUAUUUACUAAUAGCAUACAAGGUGCCAUAAUACAUUUGUUUAGUAAUUUGGCAAAUCCUCUUUCCCAGAGCAAUUUUAACAAUUUGCUAGGGGGUUAACAUGUAGAGGUGGCUUGUUGUGACUAUUUGUCCGAGAAGUUCAUAUUUAUUUUUCUAACUAGGUGACUUUUUUCAAAUUUUCCAGCACAAGAAUUAACAUUCAGUGUAGCUCAUUGUGGCGAUUUUCAUUGAUGACUUUACCAUACAAUUUGUUUCUCAACGUGAAAACGGAUAGUCCUAACAUUUUCCACUGUUCCUAGGGCGUUACAUUCCACCUCACUUGAGGAACAAAGAGGUUUCCAAAAACGGUAAGUGUUGUCUUUGACACCCAGUAAAUCACAUACAAGACAUCAGCGCUCACUUGUAUUACCAGAGUUAUGGGUUACAGUACAGACUCACACUGGGCGAGAUCUUCUGACGAUUGUUACCAUGUCCCAAUUCUAUAGGCCUACCCUUGUGCACUUGGUCACUUCCCUUCAUGGAUUUAAAAGGAAAAGUGGAAACUACCUUAUACCAUUCCAUUCAUUUUAAAUGGGUGGGGAGGGGUGUACAAGUGCAGAAUUGGGAUUCAGGGUUGUCUAAAAAAAUCUCCCAUGUUCUCCAUUUUAAUAUUCAAUGCAGUUAAAAAGCAAGGUCUUUGCUAAAACAAUAUUUCUGUUUGUCAUAGAAAGAAGCCAGCUACAUUUCCAGUUUUUUAAGUUAAUCUUGCGUUUGACCAGAGAAAAGUAGGCUACACAACUAAAAUAAAUGUAGCUACACAUCCAGUCAGAGCGCUGUCUGCUGAUAGAAUGAGAGUGGAGAAGUGCAACUGAAGCACAGAAUUAGUCUGAUACUGAGCAGAAAUUUUAUACUAGUUGUCUUGUCUGUUUUUAUAAAUGUGUAGUAAGCAUAAAACACAAUUUUAUUUAAAUUAUUGGCAAAAUAAGGUAGGCCACUUGAUUUCAACAUUUGAACAAAUUGGACAGGCUAGCAUGCUGUUCAAACAGUUGGAGAUGGACAGAAGUGUGUUCAUAACACAUAACUGUUCUACCUCGUUAUCUAGCAAGUCGAUCCAAGUUAGCUGAACUUGAAAUAUAAAGAUUAGCUGGUUACUCACUAGCAUGUGGGCUUGUGCUUGAGACCUGUUAUUUUCUAUAAUGCCUGCUACAAGAAGUUAGUCCUUAUAGUGAAUGUGCCAGAUGCCUGGUUCUGGUUAAAUUUGUAACAAAGUGCAUUUUCAUAGACUUGAAAGUCAGAUCAGUGAUUAUUGCAAAAAAGCAUGUAUUUAUUAGUGGGUCUUAUGGUUGUGGAGGGCUUAUACAUGUAUUUAGCCGUGGUAUAAUUUCAUAAGCCUUGAAUUCGUUAGAUUAUUGCGGACUGUCAAAUUUAGUAUAUAGUGUAACCUGGUGCCGAUGAAGAUGGCGGCCUCGCGACUAGCUCUUAGGAAACUUAACGUUAUUUUGUUUUAUGUAUUCUUUACAUUAUUAGCUCAGUGUUUUGUAUCAUUACAUACAACCGUGAAAAACUACUGGAUAUCAGAGCGGCGGUAACUCACCAGCAUUACGACCCGGAAUAUGACUUUCCCGAAGCAGAUCCUUUGUUUGCUCUCCCCAGGACAAUUGAACUGAUUCCAGCGGCUGACCCAAAACAUUGUCGGCGUAGGAGAGGCACUCGGAGCAGCCUGCUGGUUCGACUUAGGAGGCGCGCACACCACCCACCGCUUCCAAGUAUACUACUCGCUAAUGUUCAGUCUUUGGAUAACAAAGUCGACGAGCUCAGGGCAAGGAUUUCUUUCUAGAGACAUCAGGGCCUGUAACAUACUUUGUUUCACGGAAACAUGGGUCUCUGGGGAUAUUCUGCCGAAAUCGGUCUAGCCAGAUGGGUUCUCAGUUCAUCGCGCAGACAGAAAUAAAUAUCUCUCCGGGAAGCAGAAGGGCAGAGGUGUGUGUGUUUCAUGAUUAACGACUCAUGGUGUAAUUGUAGGAACAUACAGGAACUCAAGUCCUCCCUUCCUAUAGGCAGAAACUCAAACAGGAAGUACCUGUGCUAAGGACUAUUCAACGCUGGUGUGACCAGUCGGAAUCCACGCUUCAAGAUUGUUUUGAUCACACGGACUGGGAUAUGUUCUGGGUAGCUUGCGAAAAUAAUUUUGACGAAUACACUGAAACAGUGACUGAGUUUAUCAGGAAGUGUAUAGGAGAUGUUGUGCCCACUGUGACUAUUAAAACCUACCCUAACCAGAAACCGUGGAUAGAUGGCAGCAGUCGCGCAAAACUGAAAGGGCGAACCACCGCAUUAACCAUGGCAAUGUGACUGGGAAUAUGGCAGAAUACAAACAGUGUAGCUACUCACUCCGCAAGGCAAUUAAACUGGCAAAACAUCAGUAUAGAGACAAAGUGCAGUCGCAAUUCAACGGCUCAGACACGAGACGUAUGUGGCAGGGUCUACAGACAAUCACGGACUACAAAAGGAAAACCAGCCACGUCACCGACGUCUCGCUUCUGGACAAGCUAAACACCUUCGCCCGCUUUGAGGAUAACACAGUACCACCGACGCAGCCCACUACUGUGGGCUCUCCUUCUCCGUGGCCGACGAGAGUAAGACGUUUAAGUAUGUUAACCCCCGCAAGGCUGCCGGCCCAGACGGAAUCCCUAGCCGCAUCCUCAGAGCAUGCGCAGACCAGCUGGCUGGUGUUUUUACAGACAUAUUCAAUCUCUCCCUAUCCCAGUCUGCUGUCCCCACAUGCUUCAAGAUGGCCACCAUUGUUCCUGUACCCAAGAAAGCAAAGGUAACUGAACUAAAUGACUAUCGCCCCGUAGCACUCAGCUCUGUCAUCAUGAAGUGCUUUGAGAGACUAGUCAAGUCAUAUCACCUCUACCUUACCUGUCACCCUAGACCCACUUCAAUAGAUCCACAGACGAUGCAAUCGCCAUCACACUGCACACUUUCCUAUCCCAUCUGGACAAGAGGAAUACCUAUGUAAGAAUGUUGUUAAUUGACUAUAGCUCAGCAUUCAACACAUAGUAAAGCUCGAGGCCCUGGGUCUGAACCCCGCCCUAUACAACUGGGUCCUGGACUUCCUGACGGGCCACCCCCAGGUGGUGAAGGUAGGAAACAACACCUCCACUACGCUGAUCCUCAACACAGGAGCCCCACAAGGGUGCGUGCUCAGCCCCCUCCUGUACUCCCUGUUCACCCAUGACUGCGUGGCCACGCACGCUUCCAACUUAAUCAUCAAGUUGGCAGACGACAACGGUAGUAGGCCUGAUUACCAACAACGAUGAGACAGCCCACAGGGAGGAGGUGAGGGCCCUGGCGGAGUGGUACCAGGAAAAUAACAUCUCCCUCAACGUCAUCAAAUCGAAGGAGCUGAUCGUGGACUUCAGGAGACAGCAGAGGGAGCAUGCCCCUAUCCACACCGACGGGACCGCAGUGGAGAAGGUGGAAAGCUUCAAGUUCCUUGGUGUACACUUUCCUGACAAACUGAAAUGGUCCACCCACGCAGACAGUGUGGUGAAGAAGGCGCAACAGAGCCUCUUCAACCUCAGGAGGCUGAAGAAAUUUGGCUUGGUACGUAAAACCCUCACAAACUUUUACAGAUGCACAAUUGAGAGCAUCCUGUCGGGCUGUAUCACCACCUGGUACGGCAACUGCACCGCCCGCAACCGCAGGGCUCUCCAGAGGGUGGUGCGGUCUGCUGAACGCAUUAAAGGGGGCAAACUACCCGCCCUCCAGGACACCUACAGCACCCGAUGUCACAGGAAGGCCAAAAAGAUCAAGGACAUCAACCACCCAAGCCACUGCCUGUUCACCCAGAAGGCGAGGUCAGUACAGGUGCAUCAAAGCUGGGACAGAGAGAAUGAAAAACAGCUUCUAUCUCAAGGCCAUCAGACUGUUAAAUAGACAUCACUAGCACAUUAGAGGCUGCGUUUCCCAACCUUUUCCUUCCCGAGAACCACAAGCUCACAGUCAAAAGCUCAAAUAAUUAUUUUCCUCAUAAUAUCGCUGGGAACUGCUGACCUAGAGAAAGUUAUUGAGGUUGCUAAAAGACAGGUGCUCUGUAGCUCAAUUGGUAGAGCAUGGCGCUUGUAACGCCAGGGUAGUGGGUUCGUUCCCCGGGACCACCCAUACGUAAAAAUGUAUGCACACAUGACUGUAAGUCGCUUUGGAUAAAAGCGUCUGCUAAAUGGCAUAUUAUUAUAUGUUACAGGGCAUUUGACUGGUGCACAUCUACCAACACUGACUCCUCACUCCCAGAUGAGCUGAACUACAGUGAAAGCUUCCAGCAGCUUAAUUCUAAUUUGCUCAAUUGUCAAUCAAAAGACAAUGUUUUGUUGUCCAACCUUGUGAUUGGGGGGGGGGGGGGGGGGUGUUGCACUUGGUUCAUACAGCCGAGGUUACAUGAGUCAACUCCUGUAGCCGCUAAACGCGGUUGUAAUAAAAAAAGAGCGGUUUCUGUUUUCUUCCUACAAAUGUGGAGCUAACGGUUUAAGCUACAAAAUAUUAUGACCCCAUCACUGAAAGAUGAGGCUCUCAGGAACACGUCUUCUGUUUCCCUCAGAAUCCCUUAGAACAGAGUGGAUAGGACUGGUGGAAAAUAACAUCAAUGAUCUUUUCUACACAGAAGAUCAUACACAAUUGCCUGUUUUCCUGAACUUCCCAAUACCUUUCUGAUGCAUUUCAAACCAUAAUUCCUUCAGAUUUAAAUAUUAUUACAAAUCAGUUAAACAAUUUGACUGUCCUAGCUCCAACAAAAUAAAAAAUAAAGUAAACUUUUUUUUUUUUUUUUUCCAUGAGAAAUGGGUCACAUGUCAAAGAAGUCUGAACCCUUGAGAUGCAUACACCAAAAAUUGCAGAGGAUACAAUACACAAGUCCUAAGACUUUCAAUUGUGGCGACUAGUUAAAAAAAAAAAGUUUGAACUUCAAAUGAUCAGCGACAUAUCACAUGCCCGCAAUAUAACCAAUUGGAGGAUGGACGGUCUUGAUGGCUAGCAUUGUCAUUGUGCUUUAUAUAGACAACCAACAAGCUCUUUUUGUAUGCCCAUGAGAAGACCCAUGAGAGGAGAUCUCGACGAUACUUUGCUUCAAAGUAGUUCUUACAAUCAAUUCUGACAUAAGGCGGGUAACUAGACCGGUCCCAAAAAAAUACUUGUAGUUAAUGCAAAAGAUAAAUCAUAGACCUUCUCUCUGCCAUUUCUGAAUUACCUGCACACCAGGAUUGUUGGAUUUGGAAAUCUGCCAGUUUUGUGAUAAUUGCUUGCUGCCCACUGGGUCCAACAGAUCACAAUAUUCUUAAGGGAAAGACAAGUCUGUGUUCUAAGAAAAUAUCCUCAUGCUAAAUAGGCUAGCACUGACUUACCUCUGAGAAGUUGUGGAAAAUCUUAAAUGUCAGAGCCAGAGUAUAUCCCAAUGGAACAGCUUGUUAAUCAUGUUAUAGAGUUUGUCUUGGGUUAGCUUAAUCUCACACUUUUGUGACAUUAUUAUUUUCUUUUUUUUAAUUCCACAACAGAAAAUGCUUAUUCCUCUGGUAGACAGUACGGUUAUUCAGUGCCACCUCCAGUGAACUUCUGUAAGUCCCUUCCGUCUCCUUUUGUGCUGAGGGCACCCUGCAUUUCUAGUUGCAUGAAAUGGCCUUUUACACACCAGAAACACCAAUGUGGGGUGUUCCAGGUGCACAGAUUCCACAAACCUAAGCUGAAUCUGUGUAUAUGGAACCCAAUGUGAAGAGGCCUAGACUUUUGAAAAACAAUGCGACACCCAGCUUCAAACAUAAGUAAUGUGCGUUUCUCUGCUGGUUUUGCUGAGAUGCUGCUUAAAAAUUAUAUUUGAGACAGAACAGGAUAUGAUACCAGCAGCUGCCAUCUAGGCCAAUGCGUUAGAUUUGUCUGUUUUAGCUGACAAUGCAGCACAUCUAAUUUCUACGCUACUUUCAAUGAUGAGCUAGCUGUAUUGGGCAAUUUGCAUUUUUAAUCUUGUUUUGGAAUGCACCGAAUGUGCAAUCUUGCACAUAUUCUAACCCACAGUAUGUUCUGUACUGUAACUCGAAAGCCUUUACAGUAUGUAGUGUCCCUAAUAGUUUCUCCUAAGCAGUACCCUCAACGUCACCAAAGACACAAAAUUAAUACACCUGGAUGGGAUGACUGUAUGACCGGUAACUAUUAGUGUCAUGUCAACCUACUCGUAUUGCAUCAGCCAACUUAUGGAAGGAGAAUCUGUUUUUAUAGACUCCUUCCCCUGUACCUCUGCUUAGGUUAUCCAAGACUGGCCUCUCAGGAGCUAGUCUUUUACCACUUCAACAGUGGGGUCUGGUCAGACAGAAAUGGUAUACCUAUGUACCUGCAUGACAUGUAGGCUAUUCCCCAUAGAAAACAUCACACCCAAUUCCCACUACUGGAAAUAGGGUAUCACUUGAGAAUAUGCAGGCAUAGACUGGUGUCAAAGCUGUGUGUUCUAGUAUGCAGUAGCUUGCUUCUGGUGCAUGUUUGUUUUUGAAAUUGAUAUUUCUUGUGAGAUUCUGCCCUGUGUCGCAAGUAUGGCUGUAUUACUAAUGCCAAUGGGAGCUGCGGUAUGCUCAAUGCUAACAUCCUUAUGUUGUGUAUCUGCAGUAGGAAUACAGCUGUAUCAAAACUAACCUUUUGGUAUGUAGUAUUUACUGCCUUCAGAACAUUCUAGGAGUGUACAAAUUGAAUGGAAUCAAAGCAGGGACUCCCGUAUGAAGGAAAUGUAGCAUAUUGGAGCUUAAAUAGCUAGAAGCCAUUACUUGGAAUCCUUCCAAUAGGCACUGUAAUUGCCCAAGGAAACACCUGCGUAACUUGGUGGGGUCUGAAAUUGUGCAGCUUAGAUGUAAAGGCUUCGCUUGUCUUUGGCAUUAUGCCUUGCAUAGUGAUGUCAGAGCUUGCAGUGUGCUGCUGUAGAUGGUGACUGAUCUGAAUCCUGAUUGGUUAUGAAUUGAUUCCUGUAUCCUUCCACCUUCAUUUGGUCUGCUGUGUUAACUCUACUGUCCAGAAAUAGUCCCUCUAUAAAGGGUAAGCAGACGACCUGCUAAUUUUACUGUCUGAUUGAACAUUGGCCAAGCCACUCUAUACUUUCAUGUAGUAUAUUGCUUACGGUUGGAGUCUUCAACUCAAGUAAUUUCUACAGUGUUGUCUUUAUUAAUCUAGCUCAUUCAGCCAGCAUCAAUUUGAGUUACACGUCAUUGCAUCCUUUGCGUUAAUGCACAGUUUGCGUCAAUAGAGGACUAGGCUACAUUAACAAGUAUUUCUGGACCCCUUGUCCAACUUGAAACUAGCUGACUCAGUUUCUUAGCAAUGCUUCUGAAUGGUAAUCUUUGAUCCUGCAGAAUGUGGCUACUGGCUAGCGCUGUUUGCAUAGUGCACAGGGAUAUGAACAGUGUGUGUUUGUCCACAGCACUAGGCCUGGUCUGAAGCAUCAGCUGGUGUGUGUAUUCACCACAUUAAGUUUGCCGUGUGUGUGUGUGAAAUCUGGCGCUGAAGGAGCCCCUGAGGACCCACAGGUGGAUGUGGAAGCUGCCUCUUACUACACUGCUCAAAAAAAUAAAGGGAACACUUAAACAACACAAUGUAACUCCAAGUCAAUCACACUUCUGUGAAAUCAAACUGUCCACUUAGGAAGCAACACUGAUUGAUAAUACAAAAAUUAUAGGCAAUUAGCAAGACACCCCCAAUAAAGGACUGGUUUUGCAGGUGGUGACCACAGACCACUUCUCAGUUCCUAUGCUUCCUGGCUGAUGUUUUGGUCACUUUUGAAUGCUGGCGGUGCUUUCACUCUAGUGGUAGCAUGAGACGGAGUCUACAACCCACACAUGUGGCUCAGGUAGUGCAGCUCAUCCAGGAUGGCACAUCAAUGCGAGCUGUGGCAAGAAGGUUUGCUGUGUCUGUCAGCUUAGUGUCCAGAGCAUGGAGGUGCUACCAGGAGACAGGCCAGUAAAUCAGGAGACGUGGAGGAGGCCGUAGGAGGGCAACAACCCAGCAGCAGGACUGCUACCUCCGCCUUUGUGCAAGGAGGAGCAGGAGGAGCACUGCCAGAGCCCUGCAAAAUGAAAAGCCCUGUGCUUUUCACAGAUGAAAGCAGGUUCACACUGAGCACGUGACAGAGUCUGGAGACGCCGUGGAGAACGUUCUGCUGCCUGCAACAUCCUCCAGCAUGACCGGUUUGGCGGUGGGUCAGUCAUGGUGUGGGGUGGCAUUUCUUUGGGGGGCCGCACAUCCCUCCAUGUGCUCGCCAGAGGUAGCCUGACUGCCAUUAGGUACCGAGAUGAGAUCCUCAGACCCCUUGUGAGACCAUAUGCUGGUCCGGUUGGCCCUGGGUUCCUCCUAAUGCAAGACAAUGCUAGACCUCAUGUGGCUGGAGUGUGUCAGCAGUUCCUGCAAGAGGAAGGCAUUGAUGCUAUGGACUGGCCCGCCCGUUCCCCAGACCUGAAUCCAAUUGAGCACAUCUGGGACAUCAUGUCUCGCUCCAUCCACCAACGCCACGUUGCACCACAGACUGUCCAGGAGUUGGCGGAUGCUUUAGUCCAGGUCUGGGAGGAGAUCCCUCAGGAGACCAUCCGCCACCUCAUCAGGAGCAUGCCCAGGCGUUGUAGGGAGGUCAUACAGGCACGUGGAGGCCACACACACUACUAAGCCUAAUUUUGACUUGUUUUAAGGACAUUACAUCAAAGUUGGAUCAGCCUGUAGUGUGGUUUUCCACUUUAAUUUUGAGGGUGACUCCAAAUCCAGACCUCCAUGGGUUGAUACAUACGAUAAUUUUUGUGUGAUUUUGUAGUCAGCACAUUCAACUAUGUAAAGAAAAAAGUAUUUAAUACGAUUAUUUCAUUCAGAUCUAGGAUGUGUUAUUUAAGUGUUCCCUUAAUUUUUUUGAGCAGUGUACAUAUUUAGGAUAAUCUCUCCCUAGGCUACCUUUUAUCUAAAGCUUUACCACCUUGAAGUGAAAGAAAACCCCUAUGGGUUUGGGCUGUUUGUCACUUCUGGCAGUGGUGAAACCCUAAACGGUCCUCUGACCAGCCCUCCUCAGCCUCCUCCCAAGCCCACACUGAUAAUGGUGUUGCCACCGAUGGGAAAGAUGAGACAGCCAGCAUGCAGAGCUGGGCAGAUCGCUGUGGUAAAUGUCCCCACCUCAGACAGGGGCCUGACCUUGUAUUUGGGAAAAUAUGGAAAAUGGGUUAUUGUAGGAUUCUUUUGAAGUGUAGGUACUCUGCAUUUUGCAGAGAUGUUCACUGUUGUGAACUCAUACCGCCAAGUUCAGUAAGUUGGCCUCCCUUUUUUCAAGGUUGAAUCUCUAAAAUUGAGUUUUCUAAGUCCUUUGACCAAUAGUCACUAGCUUUGCCAAAUCCAAUGUUUAAUUUUCCAUUGAAAGGAGGGUGAUGGGAACUGAUUUUGUAAAAAUUGAAGGGAGUCUUUGUCUGUGGGCCUGGGAGUCCAAUCUAUCCCCUUCGUAGUCUCUGAUAACAUGACAACCCCAUAGUACACUUUCUCUACCUCCGUCUCAUCAUCCCUCUCUUCCUUUCAUUCCCCUCACCCUGUCCAUGAAGACUCUCCAGGAGGAUGGGACGGCGGACGCAGCAAUGGCUUUGCCAAUGGUUACCAUGACAACAGCAAUGCGGGCUUCGGGGGACGCGGCGGGCCUCCCCGAAAUGACAGAGGUGGGCGUGGCAGCUUCCGCGGUAACAGCAUGGGUGGCGCCUCGUUUAAUCAGCCAAUGCACAUCGCAGGUGGGGAAACCUACUGUGCCAAAUUGUAUUUAUCUAUUCCGCAGUAAUACUAGUAAUUACCAAUACUAUUAGACUGAGACAAGUAGUAGGUAUUGUAUUAUGCUCUAGAUCUGGUCCUCUAGAUCCUACUGUGCAUAUAGACAAAUUUUUACUCGGUAAUUCUAGUAAUGACUACUAAUAAUAGACUAUCUGCAGAGGCAGAAUUUCCUUGAGUCACCAGCAAUGGAAAUAAUGUACGAAUAAAAUACUUAAUACAAAUCAGACUGCUUUAGUUACAACGUAUAGCUAUACGUAUUAUUGAUAAAAUACACAGACAAUACUGGAAAGGUACAGAAAAAAAACGUCCCUGCAGAUUGUCUAACCUAUACUCCAAUCAUUCGAUCCAAUCAAUCAAAUCCAUUUACCAAAAUGACUGUUUGCUUCCCAAGCAAUAUUGUAAUGGUGGUAGACCAUUCCUGCAUGCGAGACGGAUGAGGAAUGUAGCCUCUGUUACUCGCUGAGCUAUCCACUCUCCCUCGCCAGGGUUUGGUGGUGGACAAGAUGGUGUAGGCUGGGGAGGUACUCCCAGACAAGACGCGGCCUAUAACAGCUUUGGAGGGAGGGGCAAGUCUUCCUUCUACAGCGACCGUGGAUCAUCAGGGGGCAGAGGAGGGUAAGUACCACUCAGCGGAAUGUAUUUAGCCAUACAAGUAGGUGUGUGUGUGUGUGUGUGUGUUUCAGACAGCUGAUGAUUGAAGUGUGUUGAGCAGUGUAUCUGUGUGUAGUUAUCAGCGUGGAGGUUAUGGCGGUGGAGGCAACAACCGCUGGCAGGAAGACUCCAGGGACGAUGAGGACUGGUCCAAACCCAGCCCCGCCAACGAACGACUGGAAGCGUGAGUCUCACUCUUCUCCUCUCAACUGUUACAUUGGCCAAACCUGUGUGUCUAGGAGUUCUACAACUUUAAGUGUGCCGUUUAUAUAAGCAUACUCAACCACAUUGAUCUUAGACUCACUCUUACAGCUGGGAGUGUGCAAUAGGAGUGUUCAGCAAUUUUUGAUGACUUUUUAAAGAGUCCUGUUAGGUGUUGUCUAAUGUGAUGUCCUCUAACCCAAUCUUUUUCCGCUCAUCCAGAGAGCUGUUCUCAAGCGGGAACACGGGUAUUAACUUUGAGAAAUACGACGACAUUCCUGUGGAGGCCACUGGAUCCAACUGCCCGCCACACAUCGAUAGUGUAAGUCACUUACAUCACUGGUUUUACGUCAACAAUUGUCAUGUAGAUCAAGGGCAACCCUGUAUAUGGAACACUUUCAAGUGACUCUUAUUGACAAAAGUAAACAGAGUAGAAGUCUAACAGCGCCUGUGUUUUGGUAUUUCAGUUUCAUGAUGUGGACAUGGGUGAGAUCAUCAUGAGCAACAUUGCCCUAACCCACUACACGCGGCCCACCCCCGUCCAGAAAUACGCUAUCCCGGUCAUCAAGUCCAAGAGGGACCUCAUGGCCUGUGCUCAGACUGGUAAGAGAAUGAAUGAAUGAAACUUUACUUUAAAGGGGUAGAUGGUAGCGGAAGGGCUCGCUAGAGGAUCAAAUGGAAUUUAGCCUGUUUUAGUGUCUUUAAUUUGAUUCUCUUGCAUUACAAAUUGAGCUAAAUAUACUAUGAAUUUAAAACAUGUUUUGGGAUUUUCUUUCUAUCGCUUGCUAUCUUUUAGACCAGCAGAAAUGAAUGAUUAUUUUAUUGAGUAAAUGACUGAAUGUUCCUCUCCUCAGGCUCUGGUAAGACUGCAGCCUUCCUGGUGCCAGUGCUGAGCCAGAUCUACACACAGGGGCCUGGAGACGCUGCGGCGGCUGGCAAGAACGGACAGGUACACUCACACACACGAGCAGACUGCAAUGUUGAGUUUUCCCAUCAAUCUGAAACGCUGCUUUUCUGUGAACGCAAUUAAAUUGCCCCCCCCCCCCGACUUGCAUGUGUGCUAUUUAUUUAUUCGGUGUGCUGAGGUUGACCAACACUUGUUGCUUCCCUCCACAGGACAGCGGUAAAUAUGGGCGCCGUAAGCAGUAUCCUCUCUCUCUGGUCCUGGCUCCCACCAGAGAACUGGCCCUGCAGAUCUACGAAGAGUCCAGAAAGGUAUGGGCUAAAACUCCACCCACAGACAAACCCAUACACGAUGGACAGAACAUGAAUGAUCUUGUAGUGGCACCAGUAUAGUAGAGUAGCCUUGUGGUGGCUAAGGAAGAUGAACUGGUUGGUGACCUGAAGGUUACUGAUUCCAAACAGGUUGAUGAAUGAUUGCCGUUAGAUAAAGAAAAUAUCUACCUAUUUUCUUGGCAUGCGCACACUUUCCCUGUACUCGUGUGUUAUGGAGGGACAAAAUUCCCAGUGCUAUGUCUUCGGUGCCAGAAUGUUUCUCGUCUUCUGGUUCUAUCCUCAAUCACUGGUACAAUGUGAUAUCUUAUCGAAAUGAAUGCGCAUCAAGUUACCAUGAGUGUGUUCUACAGUCAGAUGUUAAUCUCGGUAACAUCUGUUAUAGAACGAUACUCCAUAGACAAUGAAAGGGUGAUGGUUAAUACUGAAUUAUGGCUAUACUAGUGUUCUGAACUGUCCUGUGCAUCUCUUAUCCCUGUAGUUUGCGUACCGCUCCCGCGUGCGUCCCUGUGUGGUGUACGGAGGAGCUGACAUCGGCCAGCAGAUCAGAGACCUGGAGCGAGGCUGCCACCUUCUGGUGGCCACACCCGGUCGCCUGGUGGACAUGAUGGAGAGGGGCAAGAUCGGCCUCGACUACUGCAAGUGAGUGGGGCAGACGAUAACACUAACGAAUUGGCUAACGCUGAAGAGUUGGCUAAAGCUAACAAGUUAACUAUUGCUAACGAGUUGGCUAGUGCUAAUGAUAAUGAGUUGGCUAAUGCUUUGUCUAACACUAACAUAAGUAAGUGACCAGAGUGCUAAGUGAGCCGUUUCUGUCAUCCCUGUCAGCUACCUGGUGUUGGAUGAGGCUGACAGGAUGUUGGACAUGGGUUUUGAGCCCCAGAUCAGACGCAUCGUGGAGCAGGACACCAUGCCCCCUAAAGGCAUCCGUCAGACCAUGAUGUUCAGCGCUACCUUCCCCAAGGAGAUCCAGGUACACACGUACCAGUAGUAAUGCAAGCUUGAGUAACACACUCUGGGGGGGGGGGGGGGUGUUUCUGACUGGGGGGGGGGGCGGGGGGGGGGUGUGUGUUUCUGACUGGGUGGGGGGGAGGGGGGUGUUUCUGACUGGGGGGGGUGUGUGUGUGUUUCUGACUGGGUGGGGGGGAGUGGGGUGUUUCUGACUGGGUGGGGGGGAGGGGGGUGUUUCUGACUGGGUGGGGGGGAGGGGGGGGGGGGUGUGUUUCUGACUGGGUGGGGGGGAGGGGGGGGGGGGUGUGUUUCUGACUGGGGGUGACUGGCCUCCUGUAGCUCAGUUGGUAGAGCAUGGCACUUGCAACGCCAGUGUUGUGGGUUCAAUUCCCACAGGAGGCCAGUAUGAAAAAUAUAUGCACUCACUAACUGUAAGUCGCUCUGGAUAAGAGCAUCUGCUAAAUGACUAAAAUGUAAAUGUAAAAUGUGUGUGUUUCUGACUGGGUAUAGAUGCUGGCGCGUGAUUUCCUGGAGGACUAUAUCUUCCUGGCCGUGGGCCGCGUGGGCUCCACCUCAGAAAACAUCACCCAGAAGGUGGUGUGGGUGGAGGACGGCGACAAGAGGUCCUUCCUCCUGGACCUGCUCAACGCUACAGGUAAGGAACACACACACACGAACCAACGAAGACAACUCUACCCCAUAACCCUCAAACCCUUUACACACGUCACGUUCUCACACCAAACUCCAUAAUUCACACAGGUAUAACGUUCAGUCCAAUGAUGUAUAUAAACCCUGGAUUGCUGGUGCUAUGUGUUGGUCAUUGAGAGGCUUUGAAGCCACCGGCCAGCCAUAUUGGCACUCCCCAGUAAGAGUAGUCCUCCAUAGGAAUGAAUGGAAUUCUACAGUAUUUCAAUUAAAUGAUUCAAUGACAGUUACAUGUAUUUUGUGUUGUAGUAAUCAGAGUAACGUGUUUAUAUAUUUUGUCUGAAAAUAUAAUUUAAAGUGUGUAGUCAUAGCACAAAUGUGGCAAGAACAAAUGUAGACAUUAAGAAAUGCAUUUCUAUAGCUUCCAAAAUAUUUUUUACAAUGCUGGGGGAGUGCCAAGAUGGCGGCACGGUGUCUUCAACACAGCGCCCCGUAUCAGUCAACUAAUGUGUAUAUAUAAAUCAUUGGUUCAGUCACAGAUGUAUUGAAACUAAUUGAUGACAACUGGUGUUUAUCUAAAAGGGUACAUUUGUUAGCCUUUUCCCUUGCCCCCACCCCCAGCCAUCUGUUAGUCUGUUUGACAAAGUAAAUUAACAUCCCCAUGGACACGGUUCUCCUAAACUAGUUGGCAUGAUGAACCUUCACCAUUCUCCCCUGGGUGAAAUGGAGGGUGGUUGAUGGGGAAAGUGCUAGUUAUUACAUAUUUAAGAACUGUUAAGUUACUCCACACUUCCUUUGGUUUACUUUACUGGGCGGUUUGGUUUUAUUUAGUCAUCCCCAGUGAUGCUCCUGAUGUUCAGGAGGCUGCAGUGACACCCGGUAAGUAUUAUUAUGGUACUAUAACCCUCAGUCUGACCCUCCCAAACAUCACAUCCCACUCCAUCCUCUUCCCUCCCCUGGCUCACAGCCCUCUUUCUCCUUUCAGAAUUUCUCAAAAGAGCUUUAGGGCCAGACAUAAUGCUUGCAGUCUCAGGGCCAAUCCUACCCUUAGGUCAGGGUGGGCAACUCCAGGCCUGGAGAGCUGUGGGAUGCAGGCUUUUGUUCCAUCCCGACACUAAGACACUAUUUUAGUCUAAAUGACACCAUUACAGCCCUCCAGGACCAGGGUUGGCCAACCCUGUCAUUAGAACCAGCAGUAAUGUUUACCAUCCUCAAAGGAGGCUGUUAAUUGGAGCACAGCUUUGGUGUUUUUGGAUUGGUGUUACUGUCUGGGUGUUACACACACGUAGGGAUAUAUUAAGGACACGUUGGGCUGUUGCCUUUGGAAACUGAGCUACACUGUUAGUCAACUGUCAAAAGGAGCUGCGUCUCCUAUAAAAGUAGGUUUAGUCCAUCUACGUUAAAGGGAAAUGGCACCCUUUUUUCCCACUUGAUAUUCAUCUCCACCAUCAGCAUAUGUGAAAAUGGUGUGUUUCUAUGUUUUGUGGAAAAGAUUAGUUUCCGAUGACAUCAUCGGUGUUUAACCAGUUGGUUGUCAUUGGAAACACUUAUCUUUUUUACUGCAAAACAUGAUGAAUAUGAAGUUUAACAUUUUAGGAACAGCUGAUUCAAAUAAUCAAAGCUUGAUGAUUAGUUGGUUAUUUGAAUCAGCUGUGUAGUGCUAGGGCAAAGAACAAAACAUGCACCCCUUGGGGUCCCGAGGACCGAGUUUAGGAAACGGUAGACCUGCAUGUUGAUAUCCAAGCCAUGUUUGAAUAUUUAGAAAACACUCCUUUCUUCUGUGAGGUUAGCACUGAUAUUAUGACUGGAUAGGUGAAUGUUUUUGCCAUAUGCUUCUAGCCUUCAACUAUCCUAACAUGUCAAAUCAGCAAUUAUUCCAAGGAAGGCAGGAUGCAUUUUCAAGACACACAAACCUGGUCCUGGCCUCUUCAUCGCUCAUUGUUGCCAUGCCAACCAUACCCAAACUCGGCCCACCUGCCUACCUGUUACUGAAUGCUGCCGCUGUAAGUCGCUCUGGAUAAGAGCGUCUGCUAAAUGACUAAAAUUAAAAAUGUAAAUGUAGAAACAGGCGUAGGGUGAUCAGAGAAUGUCAACCAUGCCCCCUAUCCACCCCUCCAUCCAGUUUCACCAUUUAGCGUGUGCUCCGAUAGCUAUUAAUGCAGUGUUGGUCCACUGUAGACAAAACAUUAAGACUACUCAUUUGCUAGAACCAUUCCAAAUGGCUGUGAGGACAUUUUGAGUUAUGGGACAGUUGGCUAAUUCUGAUAUGAGGACAUUUGGCAUAACUCUGUAAACUGUGCAAAACAGUUGAACUUAAUAAUUUGUCAGUGAAAGCAAAGCUGCUUUUGCUCCCCUGGUUUCCAUUUUUCAGUUGCCAUUUGUUUCUUUUCUCCAUGGUGAUGAGGUCGGUCACACCACCAGUGAUUUUAUAGGGUGACCACGUUUAAAAUACCCAAAUGCGGGACAACAGGAUGAUUUUGCGGGACUGUAGCCUACAUUAAUAAAAUAAAAAUUACCCACGACACACACAUCCGCCUUCCGCUGCACCGAACAAGCUAAUUGAAGCGCCUACUCUUGUGUGGUAAUGCGGAAAGAGACUGUGGCUGUUUUUUAUGAAAAUCUGGCACUAUUUGGCCAAGGAAACAUUUCUGGUUGGUCUCGGAAUGUAAAACAGUUAUGCUGCGUUUAGACGAGGGAUGCAAAAACCGUCAUACCAGUUGGCAUAGCGGGACAAGAAAGUAAAAAAUAUGGUGACUGCAAAAGCCAGCAUGAUGGUAUGCGUUGUUGUGGUGGUUUCAGUAAACAAACAAUGCAAAUCAACAUCCGGUAGAAAACAAUGCUACGGCUAAAGUUGAAAUAUUUGAACUUCGGCGGCAAGUCCCAUCUACCGUGGCAUUCACCGCCAGGCUCUACGGCAUUUACCGUCGUGUUCUCGUUAAAGACAUCCGUUUUGCCGUCAACCUAAAAAUAAAUUGAGUGAAGUAGCAGCAAAUACACUACAUGGCCAAAAGUAUUUGGACACCCCCUUCAAAUUGGUGUAUUCGGCUAUUUCAGCUACACCAGGUGUAUAAAAUCGAGCACACAGCCAUGCAAUCUCCAUAGACAAACAUUGUCAGUAGAAUGGUCCGUACUGAAGAGCUCAGUGACUUUCAACGUGGCAACUGCUCAGCCCUGAAGUGGUAGGCCAUACAAGCUCACAGAACGGGACCGCCGAGUGCGUAGGGCGUAAAAAUCGUCUGUCCUCACUACCGAGUUCUAAACUGCCUCUGGAAGCAACAUCAGCACAAUAACUGUUCGUUGGGAGCUUCAUGAAAUGGGUUUCCAUGGCCGAGCAGCCGCACACAAGCCUAAGAUCACUAUGAGCAAUGCCUAGCAUCGGCUGGAGUGGCGACAAUGGUGAAGCUUGCCACCGUUGGACUCUGGAGCAGUGGAAUCGCGUUCUCUGGAGUCCGACGGACAAAUCUGGGUCUGGCAGUCCGACGGACAAAUCUGGGUUUGGCGGAUGCCAGGAGAACGCUACCUGCCCCAAUGCAUAGUGCCAACUGUGAAGUUAGGUAGAGGAGGAAUAAUGGUCUGGGGCUGUUUUUCAUGGUUUGGGCUUGGCAACAGUUUGGGGAAGGCCCUUUCCUGUUUCAGCAUGACAAUGCCCCUGUGCACAAAGCGAGGUCCAUACAGAAAUGGUUUGUCGAGAUUGGUGUGGAAGAACUUGACUGACCUGCACAGAGAGCCCUGACCUCAACCCCAUUGAACACCUUUGGAACGACCCACUGCGAGCUAGGCCUAAUCGCCCAACAUCAGUGCCCGACCUCACUAAUGGUUUUGUGGCUGAAUGGAAGCAAGUCCCCGCAGCAAAAUAUCCAACAUCUAGUGGAAAGCCUUCCCAGAAGAGUGGAGGCUGUUAUAGCAGCAAAGGAGGGACCAACUCUAUAUUUAUGCCCAUGAUUUUGGGGUGAGAGGUUUGACGAGCAGGUGUCCACAUACUUUUGGCCAUGUAGUGUAUGCUGAAUAAGCAAGUAAUGAGAAUGGAGAGCCUCAAAGUUUGACAAUUACCUUUCAGUUUAAUACGGCUAUUUAGGCCUACUUUCUUUUGUAGCUCUUUGUUAGCAUUCUUUUUGUAAGUAAACUGUCCACUCAAAGUUUAGCUGGAAUUUAGCACUAAAGGAUUUGACAAAUGUGAUUGGUUGAAGAUAUAACGUAGGCCUACAUCCCAUCUUGUGCUGCGCUGAAUAUCAGACCUCAACAACAAUUGGAGAAGUGUUUAACAUCACCAGUACCACAUCCUUAUGAUGUAUAUCUUGUAACAAGUGCUGUGACUGUCAGACAUUCCAACAAGUCUCUUGCAAAGGGCCAAAAUGCGGGACUGUCCUGCACCAUGUGGGACAUGUGGUCACCCUACCAGCACCUGCUCUGUAUGCGCAGCACCAUUUUUAUUUCCUGCUCCCAUCGCCCCUCUCAUUGUCUGAAGUCUUUAUCCUGCUCAUAGCCUGUAAGCUAAGUACUCAACAUUUUAUUUUUUUAUUUUCCUCUUUCGAUCACACUCUCACUCCAUCUCUUCCGCACUCUGUCUAGGUAAGGAGUCUCUGACGUUGGUGUUUGUGGAGACCAAGAAGGGAGCGGACGCCCUGGAGGACUUUCUGUAUCGCGAGGGCUACGCCUGCACCAGUAUCCACGGUGAUCGCUCCCAGAGAGACCGAGAGGAGGCGCUGAACCAGUUCCGCUCUGGUCGCUGCCCCAUUCUGGUGGCCACCGCAGUACGGCAACACACACACACCCUCUGUCAACAGACAUAGUGAUGUCAUUUCCCCCUUUUUAUCCUACUCGCAUCAAAACGUAUCAGGAUUUGUAUUGAAGCUAUUACAUCCGUAACGUCGAUCACCACCUGAAAGGUUUUCCCCAUUGCUGGUUGCAUUAUAUUUCCCUCUGUCUUCACCCCCAGGUGGCUGCGCGGGGUCUGGACAUCUCUAACGUCAAGCACGUCAUCAACUUUGACCUGCCCAGCGACAUAGAGGAGUAUGUCCACCGUAUCGGUCGUACAGGCCGCGUGGGGAACCUGGGUGAGUGGGACUAGUGUUUGAGGGGGAAACAUUGCUGCAUAAUUAACAUGACCCAGACUAAACAGGUAAAUCACCAAAUUAGUCUUGGAUUCACAUAUUGAUAGUGAUAGCUAGGUCACAUGUGUGUCACUCACCUUGUGUAUCAGGUUCUGUUGUCAAUGACAUUCGGUUGGUUGUAUAAUGAGAAUGGUGUGCUCCCCUUGCAUAGCUCUGCACAACGGUAGAUUGUCCCGUUGUGUUGGACAGUACAUUACCACACUGGUGCCAGUGAAUAACGGUGUUGUGUGUGUGUGUUGGCCAUGCGCCUCUGUGAGUCACUUCUGAUACGACUGGGAUGGUAGCUAGCCCGAACAGACUAAGCUACAAGUUGUAGAAACGAGAAUAACUCCGGAUAAACAGUAAAACUACACUAUUAUAUUACAUAAGAUCACACACUGCAUGAAUUGUGUUUUUAAGAAGCCAUAAGUCUUUCAAGAAGUGAAAUUGCUCAUUCCACCGCAUGCCCUGGAGAGUUGCACUGCAUGAUCUGUGUGUGUAGAGUAUUGAGACCUGUCUGCGUGUGUAGGUCUGGCCACAUCGUUCUUCAACGACAAGAACAGCAACAUCACCAAAGACCUGCUGGACAUCCUGGUGGAGGCCAAGCAGGAGGUACCGUCCUGGCUGGAGAGCCUGGGUUAUGAGAACCAGCACAAGGGCAACACGGGACGCGGACGCUCCAAGAGGUGCACACACACAAACUUUUUCAGGGACAUUAAUGGACCAUCCAUGAUUUUAGAUCUGAAAGGAGAUUCUCAAGAAAGGAGAAUAGCUACAUGUUCUGUGUGUAUAAACUUUUGUUCUCUCUCUCCGCUAGAUUCUCCUCUGGUGGAUUCGGUGCCAGGGACUACCGUCAGACACCCGGCGGCGGCGGCUUCGGCGGUGGUGGUGGGCGCGGUGGCCCACGCACUGGGGGUUACGGAGGAGGAAGCCGUGGCGGCUUUGGUGGAGGUAAGCGCUAGGCCCUGUUCAGAACCGUUUGAAGUGCCUUUCCAAAUGUCCUCUUAGUUUUUAUCCAUGAUCAUUUGGAAUUCAUGUUUUUAUAGCUGUAUGUGAAUUACUGAAUGAAUCUAUCAUAAGAAUCUACUGACCCUCGACCUCUGUCCUUCCCAGGUGGCUUUGGAGGCGGGAACUCCUAUGGCGGCAACGACGCCGGCUAUGGUGGCAACUACAGUCACUCCGGUAGUGGAACCGACUGGUGGGGCAACUAG